CUUGCCUUGCGAAGACACUUUCCACGCAGCAGCCGAAGCUGAUACAUUUCGCUCAGGGAAUAAAUAUCCACAAACCGCGCGGCUGUGUCUUUACAGGAAUACCACUCGAUCGCGGGCGCAUGUGAAGCGUGCACAUGCCUGGCUGGGACUAACACACCAUGGUUGUGACACAAGUGCGGCUAUCUCUGCCUCUGCUCCUCUGACCACAGAGAGAAAGAAAAGUCUUCGGAUCUCUCCGAGAAGGCUGUUAUUUUUCUUUUCUUUUUUUCUUUUUCUUUUAAUUUUCAUUUCAGUGACUCUCAGCGAAAUAUUACUGGAAAUAUCGUCCGGAUGGUGACCGCGGACUGGACUACCUGUUUUCAGCUGAUUUGCUCCACGCGAGGGGAAGGGACCGGGAGACUUGCGCCCGUCGCCUUCUCUCUGGUUUAAUAAGGCGCAUUGGAGAUCAGUGAAAAAAAAAAGGGAGAAGGGCUGCUGUAUUCACACGUUUUACACCAGAGGGGUCUUACUCCCCCCCCGAUCUCCACCUCUACGUGUUUUGGUGAAUGGGGGUAACUGUGUUCCCGGAGGCUUGACACAGCUGGGACAGGGACAGGGACUUGGGACGGGACUGGGUGCGCGGAGCGUCGGUCACCCAGGAUUGUACUCCCUCCUCUCUCUCGUGGGUCUAUUUACAUGUCCGACCUGACUGCUUUAUGACAAUGGAUUACUUUCUGCUUUUAUGCAGCCUCUUGCUGCCCGCGGUGUCCGCCGUUGAAGAGACGCUGAUGGACACGAAGUGGGCCACGACAGAAUUAGCCUGGACUGCCCACCCUGAGACCGGGUGGGAAGAGGUGAGCGGCUACGAUGACGCCAUGAACCCCAUCAGGACGUACCAAGUCUGCAAUGUCCGUGAGCUCAACCAGAACAACUGGCUACGCAGUGACUUCAUCCCGCGAAAGGAUGUGCUGCGCGUAUAUGUGGAGAUGAAAUUCACAGUGCGCGACUGCAACAGCAUCCCUAACAUCCCAGGAUCCUGCAAAGAGACCUUCAACCUCUUCUACUACGAGUCCGACUCAGACUCAGCCACCGCCACCAGCCCUUUCUGGAUGGAGAACCCGUACGUGAAGGUGGACACUAUUGCCCCAGAUGAGAGCUUUUCCAUGCUCGAGUCUGGACGGGUAAACACAAAAGUCCGAAGUUUCGGGCCGUUGUCCAAAGCCGGGUUCUACUUGGCCUUCCAGGACCUUGGCGCUUGCAUGUCGCUCAUCUCAGUUAGGGUCUUUUAUAAAAAGUGCUCCACCACCAUUGCCAACUUUGCCGUCUUCCCAGAGACGGCAACUGGGGCUGAGGCAACGUCCUUGGUCAUCGCGCCGGGAACUUGUGUCCCCAACGCCGUGGAGGUGUCCGUGCCGCUUAAGCUUUAUUGCAACGGGGAUGGCGAGUGGAUGGUUCCCGUAGGAGCCUGCACCUGCUCGGCCGGUUUUGAACCAGCCAUGAAAGAAACCCAAUGUCAAGCUUGCAGCCCGGGCACCUUCAAGUUCAAGCAGGGAGACAGCCUCUGCCUGCCCUGCCCAGCCAACAGCCGUGCCAGCUCAGGGGCGUCCAGCGUUUGCUCCUGUCGAAAUGGUUUCUACCGCUCAGACACAGACUCUCCAGACUCCCCUUGCACCACUGUUCCCUCCGCGCCGCGCAAUGUCAUCUCAAGUGUGAACGAGACCUCGCUCGUGCUGGAAUGGAGCGAGCCUCGUGAGAUGGGCAGCCGCGACGACAUCUUCUACAACGUCAUCUGUAAGAAGUGCCUGCCCGAGCGGGGAAUGUGCUCGCGGUGUGACGACAACGUCGACAUCUCGCCGCGCCACCUCGGCCUGACCCAGCGCCGCGUGACCGUCCGCAACCUGCAAGCGCACACGCAGUACAGCUUUGAGAUCCAGGCGGUCAACGGCGUGUCCAACAAGAGCCCCUACACGCCUCAGUUCUCGACUGUGAACAUCACCACCAAUCAGGCCGCUCCGUCUGCAGUGCCCACAGUUCACCUGAUGGCGGCCUCGGCGAGCACCAUGAGCCUGUCCUGGCUGCCUCCAGAGAAACCCAACGGAAUCAUUCUGGAUUAUGAGAUUAAGUACCAUGAGAAGGUAAGCAGCAAUGAUCAGGGUGAGGCCAUCGCCCAUACCAUGACUGCCCAGCGGAGCAAUGCCCGCAUUGAAGGCCUCAGGGCUGGUACACCCUAUGUGGUGCAGGUCCGUGCCCGGACUGUGGCCGGUUACGGCCGUUACAGCAGCCCGGCCGACUUCAGCACCAACCUGCAAACCGACCCUCCAAAGUCAUGGCAGGAGAAGCUGCCACUCAUCGUGGGAUCAGCCACCACCGCCUUGGUGUUCAUCAUUGCAGUUGUGGUCAUCGCCAUUGUCUGCCUCAGAAAGCAGAGAAACGGCUCAGAGUCGGAGUACACAGAGAAACUGCAGCAGUACAAAUCCCCAAUAGUAACGCCGGGAAUGAAGGUCUACAUUGACCCCUUCACCUACGAGGACCCCAACGAGGCAGUGCGCGAAUUCGCCAAGGAGAUCGACGUCUCCUGCGUGAAGAUCGAGGAGGUCAUUGGCGCAGGUAACCCACCAAAGCUCCUGAGCUACAGGGGGAAGACUGCUAGUCACCUCCAGGCCAUACCGUUAGAGGACUUCACACCAAGCGGAGAGUUUGGGGAGGUGUGCCGCGGUCGCCUCAAGCUGCCCGGGCGCCGGGAGAUCAUCGUGGCCAUCAAGACUCUCAAGGUGGGCUACACUGACCGCCAGAGGAGAGACUUCCUGUCCGAGGCUUCCAUCAUGGGCCAGUUCGACCACCCCAACAUUAUCCGUCUGGAGGGCGUGGUCACCAAGAGCCGGCCAGUGAUGAUCGUGACCGAGUUCAUGGAGAACGGAGCGCUGGACUCUUUCCUAAGGCUCAACGACGGGCAGUUCACCGUCAUCCAGCUGGUCGGCAUGCUGCGCGGAAUCGCAGCGGGAAUGAAGUACCUGUCAGACAUGAACUACGUGCACAGAGACUUGGCCGCCCGCAACAUAUUGGUCAACAGUAAUCUGGUGUGUAAGGUGUCGGAUUUCGGGCUCUCUCGUUUCCUCGAGGACGACCCCACGGACCCCACCUACACCAGCUCCCUGGGCGGGAAAAUCCCCAUCCGCUGGACGGCUCCGGAGGCCAUCGCCUACAGGAAGUUCACCUCGGCCAGCGAUGUGUGGAGCUACGGCAUCGUCAUGUGGGAAGUGAUGUCGUACGGCGAGCGGCCGUACUGGGACAUGAGCAAUCAAGAUGUGAUAAAUGCCGUGGAGCAGGACUAUCGACUGCCCCCACCCAUGGACUGCCCCACAGCGCUGCACCAGCUCAUGUUGGACUGCUGGGUGAAAGAGAGGAACCUGCGACCCAAAUUCACCCAGAUCGUGGCCACGCUGGACAAGCUUAUCCGCAACGCCGCCAGCCUCAAGGUGGUCACCAACAGCACACAGUCCACCGGGGUAUCCCAGCCCUUGCUUGACCGCUGUGUGCCAGACUAUACCACUUUCACCACUGUGGGGGACUGGCUGGACGCCAUCAAGAUGAGCCGCUACCGUGACAACUUCGUCAACGCCGGAUUCGCUUCCUUUGACCUGGUGGCCCAGAUGACAGCAGAGGACUUGCUGCGGAUAGGGGUGACGUUGGCUGGCCAUCAGAAGAAGAUUCUCGGUAGCAUUCAGGAUAUGAGACUACAGAUGAACCAAACACUUCCUGUCCAGGUGUGAGCGACAGGACACACAGACCGUUACAGUCGAAGGACAGCCGGACAGGAAAACGGGGGAGGAACUGUGCCAGAGAGAGCCAUUGGAAAACCCUAGCUGCCUGACCCAUCUCUGCCAAUUAGACGCUAUGAAACUGGCUUGCAGUGCCUCUGACUUUUUUUUUUUUGUUGUUGUUGUUUUUUUUUCUUUAUUUCACUACCACUUCCAUUUCCUGUUCCCGCUUUUUUGUUGUUAAUCGUCACCGUUUCUUUUCUUUUCCAUCCAAUCAGAAUAAGUGUGUUUUUUGAAAGAGGAAGACAAGUUGACCCCUCCCCCCCAUACCCCAUGCGUGCCUCACCAGCUCUGGUGUGGGUUUGACGUUUGCAUGCAUGUGUGUUCUAGUGAGGUUGGCCUUAGCCCUGCAACUGAAACGUCACACUCCGAUCCUCAUGCAAGAGUCCCCCCCCCCCCGCCCCCCUGACCUCUCAACCCAGCUUCGAUGGACGUAGUGAAGAAUGAACGCCCCGGUGUAAAAAAAAAAAACAAAAAAAAAGUGGACAGACGUUCACACAUAAAAACAAAAAAAAAACAAACAGAGGACCCGCAGGAGAUAGAGGACGGUUCUUUCCCUGAUAGAAGUUGUUUUACUGUGCACGUGUGUGUCAUUCUCCAUCUUCAUAUUGAAGGUGUGUUAUCUAAAAGGGCACUUGCUGGAGAAGGGUGAGGUGGUGGAAGAGGAAAUAUUAGGUCAAAGGUCAAGAGGAUGACAGAGGUGAAAUGGGUCAAUGGAGAGCGGCCACAUUUUUGGACACUUGUUUUGGCCGCUGAUCGACGACCUCUUCACUCUGACCUGGAGUGACUCAGGAUAGCUCCACAGCUUGGGAUCACCUGCUCGUCAACUGUGUUUUUACACAUGAAAACCUUUUAUUUUUGUUUGUCCACACUAGUUUUUUCUUUCUUUUUUUUUUUUUCUUCUCAUGGCUUUCUUACACAAUUUUAUUGGGAGAUUUGUGGUUUCAAAAUGGCCGGUCAAACCCCCACUGGACACUUUACUGUGAUCGCGGGGAGACAAGGACUGUGGCAAAACACUAUAGAAAGACCACUUGGCCUUUUUGUGUGCAUUUUUUGUAAGUGUGUGUGCGCGCAUGUGUGCGUGUAUGCGUGAUUACGUGUGCUUGGAUGUGCGGGUGUGUCAAGUUGCACACGAGUAUACUGUACAAUACAGCUUCCGCUAUUUGCCACCGUGGAGAAUUAACGCAUGAACUGAACCGUGACAAGGAGCAAAUAUAUCUGAAACAAUUACGCUAUAUUCUGUGGACAACUGUUAAACAUUCUUUUUUAUUGAAUCCAAAAAAAAAAAUGAACUUAGGACAUACAUAUAUAUAUAAAAUUCUAUAUAUAUAUAUAUGCAUCAUGCAGAGACUGAGAGGAACCAUGACGGACACCUUACUUUCUACUUACUAUUAUCUGGAUUUAGAAAUAAUCAAAAUUCUUGUUUUAAUUUCUUGACAUCCUGCCCUAUGUAUUUAUUUGUACCCCCACCCCCACCCACCGGCACCCAGACGGACUUCAGGCCAUUUGGGACAGUGGACUUGGAACAAUCAGAGAGGACGAGAGAGACUCCAAGAGGAUUCACCUAAAUGAAUUGAUGAUUAUUAAAACAAAUGAAAAAUUGCAUAUAAAUUGGA